AUGCGGGUUCUGGAGGUAAAUUGCGGUCGUGGCGAUGUGCGGCGGCACUUUCUUCUCGCUGGGGAGACGUACACCGUUGGGCGAAAAGAGUGUCGUUUGCUGCUGCCCAACGGCGACCCGUCCAUCUCGCGUCACCACGCCACCAUCACCGUGCGGGCCAUGUCACCAUAUGACGUGUUGGACCCGAACACAGAGAUGGAUGUGAGUGUGACGGAUUGCUCCAAGCACGGCACACUGGUCAACAAGGAGCUCAUUGGCCGCGAAAAUAGCCGCUUUGUUUACCGUGAGGAUACUAUUAAAUUUGGCAGGCGCGUGACCGCUCGGGUGCUCAGCACGGCGCUGAUUUUAGUGGCAUCGUCCAAGCUGAACGAGGCGGAGCGGCUGCUGCUUUUCAGCGACGCGGUUUCUUUGGGUGCAUCGAUCCUGCAUGAACCCGUCUUACCACGUGAGACAUUUUUUCACAUGCAGAUUGAUUGCAUUGGGUUUCUUUACGUGACACAAGAUGGGUACGAGAUGACGCCCGAAGUGCUGCUUGCGAUGACCCACCAGUAUCAUGUGACGACGCCGAGUUACGUGAGGUCCCUUGUGGAGAAACUCCGGGAGGAUAGCGCUGUCUCUCCCCUGCAAUUUGCCUCACCCACUUUGGCCCGUUCCAUCUCCUCAAAGUUCCCUGUGGAAGAACAUAUACCGCCCUUGAGGUCAUUUUAUAACGUGGGUGAAUUCCUCUUGGCGCCGCCACAACCACCCCCACGCAGACUGCUGCGGAGCUACGCCUUUUUUAUUGCCGACACACAGUUAAAUAGCAGGUACGAGUCUCUCUUGGAUUACUCUGGUGCGGUGGUGGCGUUCAUGCCGCCUGAAAAGACGACGAUGGCUUGGCCAUACACACAUGCGAAGACAACUAUGGCCCUUGUGAGCGAUGAUAUGUUUACCAGAAUUGCGGUCAAGUUUGGAGUCAAUCACGACCACCGCAGCAACGGCAAUGGCGUUGAUGAAUCAGCCAGUUCUCCGUUGGGAAAUGAUGGUGACAAUACUCAUGCCAGCAACGGACGUUACCGCUGUGAUGUUGCGGAUCAUGGGCGCGGCUCAACCCCACAUAACGAUCCCAUUGAGUCGGCGUACAUUACACUGUAUAAUGCUGGCAUCUGCUUGAUUCCUGAAACCAACGUAUUGCGGGCCAUUUUUAUCGGAGACACGUUGGAGUUGAAUGAGAAGCCAUCAGCAUUUUGCCUCCGACGUGUGGACGAAGCGUGCGCCAAGGCAGCAGAGGCAAACGAAGAAACAACAGCAGCAGCAGCCGAGGUGCCAGAGGCGGCUUCAACCGAAACGGCAUCUUACGACCGUGUCUCCAACGAGAAUUGUAGUGUGACAUCGUCCACCUUCUCACCGUACAUGGCAGCGGCACUCCAGCUGGAGAAGAGAAGCAAUUCCUUAUCUCCGCCACCGCCGCCGCCGCCGCCCACGGUGGCCCACGGCGGUGGACCGCUGAGGGAUAUGAUGACAAACAGAGACCAGCAGUACGCCUGCAAAAGGACAUCCGUGAAGGCGGUGAGUGGAAAGAAGGAAUCUCCAUGUGCCGCGAACGGGGAAUGUGAAGGCGAAGAACCGCCAAAGACGCCGAGGAAAAGGGAGGAGCGUCGCUCCGAAGGGGCGCAGCAGCAGCAGCCCGCUGCGUCUUGUGUGGGACACACUCGUGCGAAUAACACCAACACCACCGCCGUAACGAAAUUGAGGGCGUUUGAAUUUUCAGAUGUGAGACCGGCGACAGCGGAGGUCAACGCGUUGGAGAAGAAGCCUGUCGUUGUGCACACGGCAUUGCAAAUGAACGGGAGUAACACAGGAGUCUCUUUACUGUCACGGCAACGUGUUACAGCCCACAAACUCUUCGUGCCGCCACCGCUCUUUCGCUCCCCGUCUUCUGUGCUCAUGUCGUCACGCAGCAUGUCCUACCAACCCUCCAAAGAUUCCGAAUUUGCACCACAUGCCGAGUCGUUGGAGAAGCAAAAGGAACGGUGCCACACGUCAGAAGGGGUGGAUUCCGGGCCUGUGGUGGGGGUUCCGCGGCACGAGUACUCCGCGUCGUCGCAGCCCGCAUCACGUAAUUCCUCGAUAGGAUCUCACCAGCAUUCUGAAGUGUCUGGCAGCACGUCACGGCGCACGAGUUUUGGUGAGCCUGUCCGUGCGCCCCAUCCGCAUCCAGUGGGGCGUACCCACUUAAAAUCGAUUUCUUCUGCACGGCCAUUGCAGCGACAGAAGUCGUGCCCGUCAUCCGCAGUAUGUCAUGCAUGGGACAAACGCCAAACUUCUUCGAAUGGUCGUGAUGCCUCUCCGCUUGCCUCUUUUAAUACAGGUGGGCGUCGUUUUAGCGAUUCCGCAUUGUCUGCGCGGCAGCAUCAUUCUGUUGCCCACAAGAAGUGUAAUAAUAAUGAUAAUGAUAAUAAUAAUCAGGAAAAGCAACAGGAACAGACAGUCAAUUUUAAUACCACCAGUGGCGCACCGAGUACUGUUCCCUCCUCUGGGGAUAUUGCGCGGCAUCAAGAUGCCUUAUUGGGGAAGCGUUGUGGAGAAUUCAUGAACGGUUUUUUUGAUGAAUUUUCUGUCAGUGUGGAAGAUACAUGCUGGCAUUGCCUGAAGCAGGGCCAAGUGGAUGCAAAGAGCAGGGAAUUUUUGGAAAUUGGGGCGGUGCGGGUGAUGGAAUUUCUUAGGUGCAUUCAGCGGAUGGAACGUGACAUCCCGCCCAGCUACAGCACGGAGACAACACGGGGACAUGUCUACGAGGUUCGCAAAAGGACCCUCGCAACACUUCGGCGAAUUCUUUCUACCUGCGAGUCUGUGAGGUCACAACUGUUGUUUACUUUGAAGGAAUUAUGUGAUGCCGUCAGCUGCCGCCCUUCCUCCGCGUCUCGUUCAUUACGGUCCAGACGGGCCUCCGUGCCCUAUGAAAGGAAAAGCUCUCUGUGCGGCAAUUGA